AUGCGAAGAACAGUCGCUCAGUGUUCUGCAGCCAUCGUUUUAGCACUAUCGGGGUGUCCCUCGACUGAUCUCGAGUACGCCGACGAUGUUGUUCUAUUCGCGGAAAGCACUACAAAACUUCAACAUGUUAUCAACCUUGUAUCGAAGUUGACUGCAGCCUAUGGAUUACGUUUACGCCCUGAUGAAUGCAAGCAGAUCUGGUUUUCUUUGAAACCUGGAACGGGAAUUGGGGUAGACCGACAACCGGAACUGGUCGAUGAGUUCUGUUACCUGGAAUGUAUGCUGAAGAACAACGGCAGCUAUGAGAAAGAUAUUCAGCAAAGAUGUGCUAAAGUCAUUUCUGCAUUUAACUCCUUAACGAGGUGCCUGUGGCCGACCCCCAUCACUGACAAAGUCAUGCUGCGAGUCUACCUAUCCACUAUUCACCUCAUCAUGAUGUACGGAUUUGAAACUUAG